CUGGCUGCUCGGUGAGGCGGAGUGGCGGCCGGUGUGGAGCCCCAGCAGCGGGGAGACUCCGCGACGACCCGGGCGGACGCUGAGUUGGUAGCAGCCGCCUGCUGUGGCUUCCCUUCCUCGUGCCGCCGCGGACGCCGCCGGAGGACGAGGCCCUGAGCGACAGGCCUAGGCGCGGCCUGCGGAGCCCGUGAGUAAAACGAGCGCCCUCUCCGCCGUCGUUGACGCGUUAAGAUGGAGGAGAUUUCCUUGGCCAACCUGGAUACCAACAAGCUGGAGGCCAUCGCUCAGGAGAUCUAUGUAGACCUGAUCGAGGAUUCGUGCCUGGGAUUCUGCUUUGAGGUGCACCGGGCCGUCAAAUGUGGCUAUUUCUACCUGGAGUUCGCAGACACCGGGAGCGUGAAGGAGUUUGGCCUUCAGCCGGUGGAAGACAAAGGAGCGUGCCGCCUCCCGCUCUGCUCCCUUCCCGGGGAGGCCGGGAAUGGGCCCGACCAGCCGCUUCAGCGCUCCCCGCCCGAAUUCCAGUAGUAGCUGCAGCAGGAGAGAGAGACUGGUCCCUUGGCUUGGAGGAGUGAGCGAAGUAGAUACGGAAACCAGACAGAAGUCCCAGCUUUCUUGAAAGAUCUUAACAUUUCCAAAACCACAAGUUGGAGAAUUUAGGGAUAUCAGAUCUUUUUUCUUUUCUUUUUUUCCUCUUUUUUUUUCGGUAUGCUCCCUGGCGCCCACUGUGAGACCCAGGGCAGGAGGGCAAGCCCAGCUUAGGCACCGUGCGGUGUCUGGUGGAUGUGAGACACGCGGGGUGUGCACAGGAUCCCUCUCCUGUCCCCCAGUAUGAAGCUGAGCGGUCCUGUGCCCAGUGUGCAGGCCUUUGCUUCCCUGGCCUGAUGUCAAGGGCUUCUGGGACGUUGGGACAGUCCUGGUGGCUGGGCCAUGCUCACCGAACUUCCUUGGGACUCCUGCGCUCUGGUUGUGUUUCGCAGACGAAUGAAAACCACCCAGGAGAGAUGGAUACUAACCGCUUCAACUCGAAAGGAAAAGAAAGACUUUGGCAGCAAAACUCUUAACCUUGACUCUCUCACAAGAAGAAAAAGU